AUGCAAAAACUGGAGCUUCCCAUACUUCUGAUGUUUAUUUAUUUGUCUACUGCGUACUGUCAAUGUGAAGACAAAGUUGGAAGCAGUGGAACUUCAGACUGCCCAAGGUUGCAGGAGCUUUGCAAUAACUCCACUUAUUACUCGCUGAUGACUCAAGAAUGCCCAAAGACCUGUGGAAGAUGCGGGCAGAGCAGCAAUGUGCAGUACUCCAAUUCAAAUACUAAUGCGAUUAUGAAUACAAAUAUCAAUGUUAAUACGAAUACGGGUGAGCGAGUGUUGUUUGAAAAUAUUCUGAUUGCGCAAGGUACCUUGUUAAAAUUGAAAGCCAUUUCCUCCAAGGCGAGUGUCCCACGAACGACACUCAGUUUUUGUUAAAAUUUUGCGGGCGCAAUGUACAUUUAUGGUAUGUUUCAUCAAAAUCUGAGCGUCGCACUUCAAGCACUUCCCUUAUUCAUUGAGAAAGCAUCUAGCACAUACCCUUUUUUAUGUCGCUAUGUCGUAGCUCUCAACUGCUUUUCAUAUCACGACAUUUGUUUAGGUAACACGAACUGUGAAGACAAAACCGGAAGCAGUGGAACAUCCGACUGUCCAAAAUUAAAAGAGCUUUGCAAUAACUCCACGUAUUACUCGCUGAUGACGCAGGAAUGCCCAAAAACUUGUGGGAGAUGUGGCUCUACGGGAAACGCAAAUAUUCAAUAUUCGAAUUCAAAUACUAACACCGCCAUAAACACCAAUGCCAACACGAACAAUGCUGUUUAUCCUGGUAAGCUGGUUAGGUUGUAUAACGAUUCCUUUCCAGCUAAUACCGGGACAUGUGUUGAUAAGGCCGGUUCCAAUGGGCAAUCAGACUGCCCUCAACUCACCAGGCUAUGCAAUAACACGCUGUACAAGCCGCUGAUGCAAGAGCAAUGUGCGCAGAGUUGUGGCUUUUGUAGCGGCGGAGGAGCUGCGCAGAAUAAUGCGGCGUGUAAGUGAUUGUCGUAUAUGCCACAUUUUGAGACUUUUUUUGAAAUCAGAAAUUUCACGUAAGAAUUCUCUUUCUAGUGCCACCUCCGGUCAUAACCGGGGCAUGCGUGGACAAGGCGACAAACUGCAAUGACUUUGCGGCGUAUUGCAACAAUGCCACCUACCAAUUACUCCUCGCCGAACAAUGCCCAUUGACUUGCAGGUUCUGCACUGCCGGAAAGAAGAAGUAA